UGAAUGGGUUUAAACGGGUCAGCCUGCGGGUUUCGGCCUAUUUUGACGGCUCUAUUGGUGACUUGGUGCUAUAUCCUUUCCAAUUAAAGCAAGCACGGUUGUAGAAGCCGAGCUUCAAGCGGUUUACAUUGCUCUAAAUUGGUGAUCAAAGCAUUUAGGAUUUCCAGCUUGAAACUGAUUCUAAGAUGGUAAUCAAAGCUUUGAAAGGUGUUCAAAGACCGCCUUUCCAUCUGCUACAUGCGAUUGAUCAGGUAACCACAAUCUUGGUCAUGCGGGUCUAUAGGGGAUAUGUACAGUGUUUUGAAACAAGGAAUGUGUCGGUGUGGUAUAAAGAGAGAGCCGGCUCCAUUUGGAAGACAAAAACGUACGGGAACCAUUCUGCUGUGCAGCGCAAAAGUCCUUUUCCUCAAAACAUUCAUAUCAGAGAAACACCUCCCUCGAAGAACCUCCAGCCUCAUCGUCCUGUAUCUCGUAUCUGGUUUUAUUUCCGACAGGGCUAUAUAUGAGGGCGUGCAAG